GCUCGCCACAUCCAUGCCUACUCAGAUACCAAGGAUGCCCUAAAAAUUGGAGUAAGAAACGUAAAAGAGAAUAUAAAAGAGGGCGUAAAAACGGAUUUGGUAUUGUACCUUUUUGUCCUUGUGAUCAAUAUGUUCUUUUUUGGCCUGCAGUGUGUUCUGACUUAUAACCUGGCAACGUUAGUCCUCUUGGAAGAUUGUAAAAGGAUUGUUAUUCAUGCCUUUGAACAUGGUUCCUGUCCAGAACUUGAUGUUAUGCAGAAACAGCUGAUUUACCGUGAGGGUGUUAUCAAGAAACUGAGACGAGUUCUAGAGCCGAUCUCUGACCAUAGCUCUUACCACGUCGUUGUCGGGAACCACGGAACUGGUAAGACCACAGUGGUCCGGCAGUGUGCUAGGGAUGUUGGAAAAGGGGUCAUUUAUGUUGAUGUCCCCCCUAUAUUGGAUAACUUCAUUGAUAAUCUUGCAAAUGCUAUUGGAUAUUCAUUCGAGGAGUAUGUGUCCUUUACUGACUUAUUUAAGCGGAAGAUUCUAGGCAAAAGCGAGUCCGCUAGAAAAUACAAGGCAAAUAAUGGCAAACCUCCAGUGUUGAUCCUCAACAACAUAAGUCAGCUGAGCCAGAAAAAUGUUAACCUGUUGGAGGAUCUGCAGGACUUCGCAAAACUUCAUGCUGACCAGAGCAAACGAUCAUCAUGGUCACGCGCUGAAAAAAACCUCAUUGUUAUCGAAGACCUAACUAGCGAAGAAGCAUUCACUUACCUCCACAGCAAACUUGGCAUUGAGAAAAAGGUCACCAAUCAACUCAUCCAACUCUUAGGUAGCCGGAUUCGUGAUCUUAAGGAAUAUGAUAAUAUGGCUGAAAUGAUGGAGGGCGAAAGAAACCAUGUUAUUGGCAAGGUCAUCGUCCAAGAGUUGGUGAAAAAUGAAAAAAUCCAUUAUGAUACAUUCAUCAAGCUCGUCAACAACAAACAAAUAGCCAAUGAACUGCUACAGGCCAAUGUUUUCUCAUAUAACCCGGAAAGCAGAGCUGUCACCUUCCAGUCUCGUGCAACUAAAGCUUUUGUGAGAGAAA